AUGGCCUUCCCUGUGGAUCUCCUGGAUAACUACAGUCAUGAAGAUCUGGAGAGUUCUGGAGAGGAUUAUCUAUCUGAACUUAGAUGUGGAGAUCCAGAAAAUCCAGAAUAUCUCUCUCUUGUUGAUAAUAUCAAGAUUCCAAUUUGUUUGUCAACUGUAGGCUUUGUCCCCCUUUACGGCGGAGAAGAAAGACACAAAGUCCUUGCUUUAUUUGCACCAGAGGAUUCACUUGCAGCUGUUGCCUUGUUUCUGGCUGAUCAAUGGUGGACUAUCGAUGAUAUUUUGAGAACAUCAUCUCCUUCUAGAGAAGGACUCCUACGGGCGAAAUCAAUUGGGGAGAGAGUGGUCCUUUAUGUGCUCAACAGAAUAAUUUAUCGUAAACAAGAAAUUGAGAAAAACGAGGUCCCGUUCCUUUGCCAUGGUAGCCAUGAUUAUGCAAAAAUUCUGUGGAAGAAAGGAAUGGCUAUUGGUUUUUAUUCUAUUAAACUGCCAGGGAGCAUUUGUAGUGCCUUUCUUACUCAGAGCUACCAGCUUCCUGUUCUGGACACAAUGUUUGUGAGGAAGAAACAUCAAAGUAAGGACUUUGGCCUUCUGAUGCUGGAAGAUUUUGUGGAUUCUUUCACUGAAGAUGCCCUUGGUUUGCGUUUCCCUCUGACAUCUUUCAUGCGAACUGCUUGCCAGAAGUACUUUGAAAGGUAUCCAGGGGAUCGUGACCUUCUGUGGGAAAUUGAAGGCAUAGGCCACUGGCACCAGCGAACACCUAUUGCUACUGUUUUGCAGAGAGAAAGUUUACAACUCAAAGAAGCCUUGCAAAUAGAAGCGAACACUUCCCAGAAUGAGGAACGGUUUCUGCACUCUUCCACAGAUAACAGCCCAUCGCAUGAACAGGCAGUUGACCCCAGUGAAGCACACUUAAGUGUUGAUGUCCAUACAAAUAAAGAUGGCUUUGAUGUAUACGAAGGUACCUCUGAAGAACUUGUUCCUACUCGAUCACGAAGCAAUCAUCUGAAACGUCCAAAGUUGGGGAAAAGAAUGCAAGAACCCGAAGUUUCUGAAACUGAAGAUGUAAAUACUUCUCAAACAUCAGGAAACAGAUUGGAUCCUAGUACUCAUGUAUCUGAACAUUCAGAAGAAUUGAUAGAUGAGAUGGAAGAAAAAGUAAUGGACAGGGAGCAGGAAAAGUUAGUGGAGAAUUCAAAACAAUCAGUCCAAGAAACACUCCAGCAGUGUAUUCCAUCAGAGAAGCAAGAUGAUAGAGAGGAAACAGAUAUAGAGCCAAUUAAUGGGGAGAUAAUGGAAAAUGCUAUCAAGGUAUCAAUAGUGACUGAAGGAUCAACAACAAAUGAAGUUCUGGAUGGGGAGUCAAAGUUACAAUCAGACAGUUCAGAAGAAACAACUUUAACUCUACUUGUCCCACUAAUCCUUGAUUCUUCAGGGAAAUCCACUGAAGACAGUGAUGACAAUAUUUCAGAUAAGGUAGAGAAUUUCGCAGAUUCUGAGCUGCCAGCAGAAGAGGAGCAGGUUACACAAAGGAAAAGAGGAAAUGCCGAUCCUGUUUCAGCAGCAGAAAAAGAAUCUUCUAAUAACGGUCUUUCAAACUCAGUAGCAGGUGAAGCUCCAGAAGAUGCCAUUUCUGAAAAUGUCUCUCCCAACACAACCUCUUCCUUGGAAGAGCAAAGCGAAGAGGGCGGAUCGGACUCACCAGAAGCCCCCAUUAAUCUGGGUCAGGGGGCUCUGAUGAUGGUGGAAUUGGAGGACAUCUCUUACCAACAACAUUCUGAGGGACAAAAGAACCAAAUGGAUGAACAGUCUGAAGAGUCAGCUGAACGAGUGUCUGAGAGAGCUGCUGACAGCAGUUCAGAAGAAGCAGAAAUUGAGGUGCCUGUAGUAGACAGGCGGACCUUACGAAGAAAGGCUAAAGGAUACAAAGGCCCACCUAAGAAAAAAGGAAAACUAAUUUGAACAGAAUUGUGGUCAAUCUAAGUGGGAAUGAUUGCUAUUUUCAUUGUGUUACUUUCUUCACAGAAAAAGCUGUAAAAUUACACACCACUUUAGGAUACACAUGUGUUUAAAUACUGGAAUCAUUCCCAGUUUUUUAUAGUCUGUUACUUAUUUUGUUGUUUAACCACUACAUAAAAGGAACCGAAUUGACAUGGAAGUAAAUGUCUACUUUUGCUAAACAAUAAUCAUAAAGACACCAGAAGUUAAAAUGGGGACGGUAACUAUAAACCAUUUAUUUUGGAGAUGUUGAAAGUCCAAACAGAUGCAAUUGUAUUGUUAAGCUGCCUCAGGUGGUUAUUUGAACUUCCUCGUGUACAAUAACACAUAAUUUGUGAGGUGUCAGGCAUUUUCUUCAUCCUGAAAUGGUUACGGUAAUUGCACACCUUGAUGCUUUUUCAAGCUUAUCAGGGAUAGGUAUAUAUAAUUACAGUUUUCCCCCCCAAAUCCUUUUACUGUUAUUUUGUAGUAAAUUUACAAGCCUGUUUUAAACAGAAAUAUAAAAUACUUGAUAUUAUUUGUGCUAGUUUAAAAUACCCUUCAACUUUUCUAUGGAUACUAUUUACCCACGUUAAAAAAAAACCAAGAUUAUAUGAUCCUAGCUAAACCUGAAUCUUAAAAUUUGUAUUGAAGUACUCCUGAUUAUUUUGCCAGUGAAUAAACCUAAUAUAUACAUAGUAAAGUGAACUCUUUCAGAGUAAUUGUAGAUUAGACCAUCAUAAAAACUUACGGUUAUCGUUUUCAAAGUAUUAGCAGUUGGACAGAUUCAGUUGUUGGUUUGACGCAUAUUCAGUCUUUAGUUUCAGUAUAUGCUAGUAAAAAUAUUCAUUUGAAAAUAUGUCAAAGUGUUCAUUUUACUCUCUUCAGAAUUGGUCUGCUGUGACUCCUAGCUGUAUAAGUUCUCAGGCUUCUCAGUAAUAGAUCAGCUGAUUGCUUUUUUAAAAAAAUAACUCAUCUUGACGUAGAGAUGCUGGGUUUUUGUUUUUAUUUUAAAGGGUGUCAUGAGAAGUUUUGGCUUUGAGGUUUAUGGAAUUGCCACGUUGUUUGGAUUUUCAGCAAGAUACACAUUUUUUUACCAGUGUACAUUUUGUAUAUCAUGUAUUAGAAUUUGUGCAGAAAUCUUGGUUCUAAUUUAAACACUUUCUAUGAAGCGCAUAAAGAAGCUUGUAUCUUGUACUCCCCCCCCUUUUUUGGGGGGGGGAUAAAAUAAGACAUUUUGACAAUUUAAGAUUAGGGCAGUUUUUUUGCUACUUAGUGCUGAGUUUUUCGAGAUGGACAAGGUUAGAUAACAGUUUUUGAAAGGAACCAUAGCUAUGUUAGUUGUAUUGAGGCAGAUAAGGGGCCAAGGGGCUUGAUAAUUCUCUUCUGUAAAACAAAACAAUAUUUUGUGAAGUGGUUAAGUGUGUAUUUCUAUUAUGGCUUCUGGAUUGAUGGUGAUUUAAUACUAUACUAAAUGUGUUUUAAAUCAGUGUUUUUCCCAAAUCAUAAAUUUGACUUGUACAUUUAAAUAUAAAAAUAUUCUCAAUCUGUAAAUUCAAUUGGGUCUAUAUAACAUUUAAUUGCAAAGUUACUUCUUUCAUGAGAGCUGACCUUAACUUUUUUAGGAUAUUCAGUUAUAAAAUCUUAAGGAAAGGUCAUUUUGACAUCUGUGGUCACCCCAGAAAAUUUUUUCAUUGUUUUGUCUAUAAACCAAAAGAUAUUUUCCCUUGUAUGCACAAGUAAAAAAAACUUUCUGCAGAAAGCAACCGACUAGCUGAAAUUAUUCAAAAAUCUCUCUUGGAACACAUUUUGUUUAUAAAAAUGUGCAAUGCCCGUGGCAAGGUCUGGAAGAAUUAAAUUCAAUUCUGAUUUGUUAUGAUAGCAAAUAUUUAUAUGUAUUAUGUAACAAAAACUUGUCCCCCCCCCCACUGGAAUUAAGUAACCUUGCUUCAGUAAUAUGCUAUUGGUGUCUUAUCAACUAUCGUCUUGUAACUUUUUUACAUUGCAGCAGUUAUUGAAGUAAAACACUUAAAUUAUGCUGAGAAAUUAGUUAAAAACAAAUUUGUAAAGCGAAAUUAAAAUGUGCAGCUUCACAAAGGAACAUGUUCUCAAAAGGAUUAUUAUAUUGUUUAGCUUAAAUAGGUGAAAAUGAUUAUUGGGCCUGCAAAGAACAAAAGACCUGGUUUUGAAAAAAGUUCAUAGCAGAAGUGAAAAAGAUACUGUACAAAAUUAAAAAGCAGUAUUAUUCAUCUGUUUUUAGUUUUAUAAAGUAGUGUGUGAACUCAACUUUGUUUUUAACUGUAGUUUUCUAGGAUCUCAUCAUUUAUUCAGGUUCUUACUGCUUCCAGUGUCGAGGUGUAUUUUACAUUUCAUGCACAUAUUAUUUUCAGGUAUGAUUUCAUGAACUGUUUUACUGUACCUAUUGCAUGAAGUAUGUAGAAAUCUCUUCUACAUAAAUUUAAUAAAAUGUUUACCUUUUAGCUCAAUAGAAAUGUUGUGGUUUAUUUUUGUUUAUGCACAUCACUUAGUCAUGAAAUUGUAAUGCAGUGUAAACUUGCAGUACCACAUUCAUUUUUCAUCAUCAUUACAGCCUCUGCUUUUAAGGAAAUUAUCUGAAGAGUAGUAUUGUUGCAGGGUCAAAUGUGGGUCGGUCACUGGGACCAGAGGUUUUUCUUGAAAUGGGUUCCAAACCUCUGGUCCUAGUGACUGAUCUUCAUUGGAUCCUGCAACAUUAACCUGGGACACACGUGCUUGCCUUCAUUCAUGAGUUGUAUUGUUGAUAAAACAUUUUAAUACAAUUCUUUCUUAAAUUAAUAUGUUGUUUCUCCCUUAUACUGUGUAUUGUUUCUAAUUGGUUAAACUUACAUUUGUAAUUUUCUUAUAGUACUUACUAGCUUGAAAAAUUCCUUUCUUUAGUCAGGAUGGAUGAGCAUUUAUCCAGACAUCCAUGGCCCAAUAUAACUUGAUGGAACCUAACUAGACAUGGUAGGUCAAUAGAAAAAGAGAUCAGUGAUAAGAUUUUUACAUUGUAGCUGGGAAAUCUGAUCCCUUAGGUUCAAUAAAAACUUUGCUCCACCAAGUUUUGAAUGACUGAGAUAUUAUAUGCAGCAAAAGUCUACCCAUAAUACAACAUUUGAAAUGUGUGGCAAGUAGAAAAGCAGUAGAAAAGAGAACCCUAGUCUCUUGAUCACAAAAUGUAAUUAAUAUAAUGUAAUGUGUUGUUAUACAUACUGGGCAUGAAAAAGGGUUAAGAUUGGUUGCAGUAACAUUACUGGUAGAAAUGCAGUUCAAUAAUUGGCCUACUAAUCUGUGUUAUUAAUAUUCCAGGCUUUUGAUCUUAACCUAUCCAAUCUUGAGUAGGUCAACCCUCCUUGUAUUCUGAAGAUUUGGGAAACUGCAACGGUGAUAGGAUUACACUAAUCCCAGAUUACAGAGGAAAGGGCAAUAAGAUAACCACAUUUGCUCUUGGAGGGAGUUCUGAUUCUACAUUGAUAGCAGCAAACAUAGUAACUUCAGAGCUUCAUUAACAUUUGACUAUAUAUAAGAAAAAAACACUUCAACUAAAAAUCUUAGAAUGUGAAGAUGGUAUGCACUAGGGGCUAAUACAGGAAAUGUUUUAAUAUAAAAUGAGGUUACAGUUCAGUCACCCACACAUUCCCAGGUUAAGAAUUUUUUGCAUGCCUUGAUAAUUUUCACUGAAACUAAUGAUCUCCAAUAUACUAUGAAUAUGCUUUCUCACUACAAAGAUGCUCCUUGAUAUUUAGCAAGCUGGAAUAUUCUUAAAUUUCAACUUGUGUUCUAUGUAUGUGAAAUCUGGCACAGAAAAUUAGUUUCGGCUAUUACUUGUCCAUACGUACCCUCCUUUCUUAAUACUGGAAAAACUGACAGUAAAGGAUGUUACUAUAUGCAAGAA